CUCUCUCUCUCUCUCCUCUCUCGGCUGCGAUUCGUUUAGGGUUUGUUCAGUCAUUACGAAGAACGCGUCGAAUGAUCUGCUACUGAAUAGAAAGGCUCAUUUUCCCGGUUAUCUGUCCUUCAUCAGUUUCCUGGUCCUUUUUAUCCUCACACGAUCUCAUGAGUGGUUGCCUUAUAUAAAUGAUUCUUAAUUCUGGCAAUGACAAGAGGAAUCUGCUUGAUGGACUGCAAGCACAAUUGCAGUGACAAAAAGGCAAUGAAAAGGUGGUUUUUUAUUGAUAAAAUGGUCGGUUGAAUGCAUAAAAACACAAAGUAAAAGGAAAAGGAAAACUGAAUGCUGAGUUAAUCACGUACCAGCGUUGUUAGAUUAUAGAGUUAUUAAUCUAGAUCCAAUGGAUUUGAAGAAGAAUGGUUCAUCCCCUGUUCUUACUGAUCCUGCACCCCUUAAUAGUUCGAGAUUGGGCUUGCCUUCAAAUAUAAAACCAUAUUCAUCAGCAGCACAGGCAUAUUCGUCUGGCUUGUACUCAACAAAACCCAGAAGAAAAGCGAUACUGGGUAAGCUUGAUGAUGUCCGUGCCAACGGUUGGCUCGAUGCCAUGAAAUCUUCAUCACCUCCUCGCAGGCAGCCGAACAAGGACUACAUCUCUGAGCCUGCAAUUGAUGAAAAUGACAUGGCAUAUCAUAAAUGGCUGAUGAGCUAUCCAUCGGCAUUAACAUCAUUCGAACAAAUUAUAAGCUCUGCUAAAUGCAAGAAGAUAGCUUUAUUUUUGGAUUACGACGGAACACUUUCACCUAUUGUGGACAACCCUGACCUUGCUAUUAUGUCCAAUGCGAUGCGUUCUGCUGUCAAACAUGCUUCUGAGUGCUUCCCAACUGCAAUCAUAAGUGGCAGGUCCCGUGAGAAGGUGUACAAAUUUGUGAAGCUAACAGGACUGUGUUAUUCUGGUAGUCAUGGAAUGGAUAUUAUGUGCCCAGUCACAAAGUUUGAUUCCACCGGCGGCCAUCCAAAUUGCAUUAUGACAACUGAUGAGCAGGGAAAGGAGGUCCAUCUCUUCCAGCCUGCUAGCGAGUUUCUACCUAUGAUCAAUGAGAUUUUUAGCUCCCUCGUUGACAUAACCAAGGACAUUGUUGGUGCCAGAGUAGAGUCUAACAAAUUCUGUGUCUCUGUACAUUAUCGUCUCGUAAAUAAGGAAGUUUGGCCUGAGGUUGCUCAGCGUGUGGUCAACCUUCUCGAGGACUACCCUCGUUUGCGAGUGACACAUGGGCGUAAGGUCUUAGAGAUCCGUCCUGUGAUUGAUUGGAACAAGGGGAAAGCUGUGGAGUUCCUUCUUGAAUCCCUUGGUCUAAGCAAUCGCGAGGAUGUGCUCUCGAUCUAUGUGGGAGAUGAUCGAACCGAUGAGGAUGCAUUUGAGGUUCUUAGGGAGAGUAAUCGUGGGUACGGUAUCCUUGUGUCAUCUAUACCGAAAGAAACCAAUGCAUUCUAUUCUCUAAGAGACACUUCUGAGGUAAUGAAAUUCUUGAAGUCUCUGGUGAGAUGGAAGAAGUUGGAUGGUGAUGCAUAAAUAUACAGCCUCACCUUCUUAAAUAUGAUAUAUGUAUAUGUAUAUGUGAUAUAUUUAUUAUAUGAUAGUUUAGGAGCAUGAAGGUCAUCAUCGCAUAUGAUAUCUAGCAGUUAUUAUGUGCUAGAUUCAUGAUUUAUCUGAAGGCUCUUUCAUUUAUAGUAAACCGUGACUUCUUUUUCUUAUAUCUAUAAGUUA